AUGUCCUUGAAACUUCUCGGAAGACGCUCUGUAUACAAAUCCCGCCCCCAUCCCGGUGUCCAGCUCGUGCAGCAGCACCGUCUCUCGAGUUCCAGCCCCAGCCCCAGCCCCAGCCCCAGCCCCAACGCCACCCAGAGCCCUCCUCCAGCACCCCAAAAUGAAGAACCAGAACCCGAGUCCAAGUCCGAGUCCGAGUCCGAGUCCGAGUCCGCCCUCACCCGCCGCUUCACCGCCAUGGCCGAAGACGCCCUCACCGCCUCCCCGCGGCGCGCCCCACAGAUCGCCUCCGAAAACACCUUCCCCUCAGACCUAAAGCGCACGCUCGAAGCCCGCAUCGCCGCCGCCGCCCUCGCCACCGCCACCGCCACCGUAAACCUCCCCGCCUACGCCCCCAAGCACACCCGCGACAUCGCCUCCGCCCAGCCCUGGACCGGUGCCGAGUCCCCCUCCGACAGCGUCCUCCGCAUGCUCGUCGACGCGCACAAGCCGCUCAAGCACGACCUCCGCGGUAGUAGUAGCGCAAAGCCAGCAAACAUCGACCUCCUCCUCCUCCGCCCGGCGAGACGGCACCAGCCGCGGAGCAGCGGCGACCGCAUCGCCCGCGCGCGGGACAAGACGGCCGAGUACUCGCUCGUCAAGGACGCGGCGACGGAGGCCGACAAGGCCGAGAUCCGGGAGCAGUUCCGGGAGCGGUUCCAGCCUGGGGCGCCGGCGGCGGCGGCGGUCGCGUCCGUCAAUGCGCUCGGGUCGCUGGCCGACGAGAGGAUCGAGGAGGCGCGGCAGCGCGGCGCGUUUCGGCACAACUCGAUGCGCGGGAAGCCGCUGGUGCGGGACCACGCGGCCGAGAGCCCGUUCCUGGAUACGACCGAGUAUCUGCUGAACCGGAUCAUCAAGGACCAGGACAUUGUGCCGCCGUGGAUUGAGAAGCAGCAGGAGUUGGCGGGCGCGGCGAGGACGUUUCGGGAGCGCUUGCGGGUCGAGUGGAAGCGGCAUGUGAGCAGGACUAUUGCGGCCGAGGUGACGGGGCUGGAGGAGCAGUGCAGGAGGGCGGAGAGGUAUGCGGAGGCCGAGGAGCGCCUGGGAAGGCUUGAGGAGAGGGCGGCCAGGAUUGGGGAAGGCAAGCAGGUUGUCGAGGAAGAAGAAACCCCCGCGACGAGCGGGUCGACGGCGCCGUUCAGAGACCCGGUGUGGGAAAGGACUGAGGCCUCAUACCACAACCUAUCGAUCGAGAACCUCAACUCCAUCACCCGCACCUACAACCUCAUGGCCCCCGAGCUGGCAAAGAAGACGUACUUCUCCCUAGAGCGGGAGCUCAAAAAUUGCUUCCGGGAGUGCGCGCCGCAGAUUGCAGGAGAAAUCAGGGCGCGGGCUACCAGGUCAAGCGCAAGCACAUCGGCAUUCUCGAUGGAGCGGAAGGGCGAAAGCGGGAUCUUGGAGAGCUUGGCUGGCGAGAGUGCGGCGGUGUACGACAGCAAGAAACCGAAUUAUGGGUUUAAAGAGUUCUGGAGAGAUGUGUUUGGGCGGCGGAAGGAAGCGGUUUGA